UCUUCUUUGCUCCUUGUAAACAUGGCAGGGGUCAGGCUGCGACUCGGGAAGGGAGCCUACAGUUUUGCGCACAAAUCGUGUCCCCGGCUCUUUUUGGGAGGUCAAAACAAACCCGGUAAACACACCGUGCACGUUUCGUCUGUGUCCGCGGGGUUCCUGCUCGGUGACGCUCAAACAGCCCCGGGUGUCGGAGCGACUUGCCGGCAGGACGUGACCGCUGGAGCCGGCGAGGGCUCUUACACAACUGGAAACUCACCGUCCCGCAACUUAGACGAGCUCGACGAUGCGGGGAAUCUUCCUGAAUUUCACCACAAACAUGGACUUGGGGAGGAAGGACUACUUUUUACCUGGACGCGGGGCGGAGAGCCUCCGGUCACCGCGGCGACACACUGCGCUCCUGGGGCCAAAGCCGAGUUCCGGAGGAGCCUCCACUCCUCCAGGCUGGCACAGAGCCUCCUCCGCCGACACUUACCUUUAGGCCACGGACAGGCUGUAUUUAUCAGGGCUUAUAACACCUCUGGAGAGCGGUCCGAGCCCCUGUAUAAAACUAAAACUGGCUAUUAUGACAUCCUGGAAGUGUCUCCAAACGCCACUCAAGCGCAGAUAAAAACCGCGUACUACAAGCAGUCCUUCAUCUACCACCCGGACAAGAACGCAGGCAGCGAGGAGGCCACGGUGCGCUUCUCCGAGAUCAGCGAGGCCUACACCGUGCUGGGCAACAAGGCGCUCAGGAAGAGGUACGACCGGGGCCUCCUGAGCCAGUCGGACCUGACCAGAGCCACCAAACCCUCCGUCAAGGACGCCAGCGGCAGCGGCGGCGGCGGCUCCAAACAAGCCACGACCCGCAGGUCCGUCGUGGGCACAGACAAGAGCGUCUUCGACUUCGACAAGUUCAUCAAGGCUCACUACAGCGAGCAGUUUCAGAGAGACAAGAACAUACGGAUGCGGAAAGAGGAGAUGCUGAGGAAGAAGACCGAGGCGGUCAGCGAACGGGAGCUGGGCAAGCUGACGGAGGUUGCCGUGUGGACGCUGCUGGCGAUCGCCCUGGCAAUAAUGAUCAGCCUAAAGUGAAAUGGAUCAACAUGGAUGAAAUGGGUGUGUGCAUGUUGUUAUUUUGGCUUGUAGAGGGCAGGUGGUAUGGUGAGUAGGGCGACUGAUGUGUCCUGGAAGCCAGGGACUGAGCUCCUACCAGCUCCAGGAGGGCUGAUCUGUGUCUGAUCUUGACCUUUGACCUCUCUCUGGACAGAGGAGGUGAACAAUAAUUACCCUACAGGGAUUAAUUAAGUCUCACACUAAAUUAGCAAAAUGUCAGGCAUUAUUGAUGACACCAACAGCUUGAACUUUAGAGUAGGGCUGCACGAUAUAAACAAAAUUUCAUACCUCGAUAUUUAUACCCACUGUCUCAACAGUGAUACAAUAUGACUAUGGGUUCAUACUUGUUUGAAAUUUUAAGUGUUGCAACAGAGAAAGCUAAGCAUUCAAAAAAAAAAAAAAAUCAUAAUAAUAUCAAAUGGACAGAGAAAAUGUAGUUACUUCACAAAGUAUCUUGUUGAUCAGAGCAGACCAG